AGAGACCCUUUUUUCCUCUAUUUAAGCGCGCCAACAAAGACGGUCACAGAUCUGUCUGUGGCACUACUGCACACACUGUACAAAACACAGUCUGUUGUCCGCUCGCCGGCGCCGGUACAGUCCCCCGAACAAAAUGCCAGAGGAAACGCCCGCCGCCUCCAGCUCUGGGAGCGUGGAUGAGAAGCCGUGCUCAUCAUCGUCAUCGGCUGCAGCUGCUGCAACAGACAGUAUUGAAGUCAUGGAAGAGGCAAAGAAACUGAUCGGCACCGGGAACCGGCAUCUAGUAAUGGGAGAUGUUGUUUCUGCGGUCGCUGUUUUCCAGGAUGCCUGCAGCAUGUUAGCUGCAAAGUACGGCGACACUGCAGAUGAGUGUGGCGAGGCCUUCUUCCUCUGUGGAAAAGCCCUACUGGAACUUGCCAGGAUGGAGAACAGUGUCCUUGGUAAUGCCCUUGAAGGAGUCCCAGAAGAAUCAGAGGAAGAGGAACAGCCCCCAAACUCUAAUAUUGAGAGUGCCUCCAACCUUGAUGAAAAAACUAGAGAUGAGCUCCGAAAGCAGGUCUACGACGCAAUGGCCGAGCAGGAAAAGACUGAGGCGUCUGACUCGAAGCUUGAGAGUGCAGAGGUGAAAAAAGAAAAUGGUGUGGCAAAGUCCCCGGUGAAACAGGUGAAUGGAUCAGAGGGAGGAUCCAAUGAGAGUUCAGCCCAGGGAGCUGCAGUGAAUGGAGUGGAGAAGAUCCCAGGUGUUCACGUCAGUGAUGAACCUGCUGCCACUAGUGAGUCUCCUGGAAAGAAGACUGUGACGGAGGAAAAGCAGAAUGGAGAGCCAAAACCAAAAGAUGAGGAAGCAAAGCCAGAGGCUGAACAAGACGGGGAGGAACCAGAGGAUGAUGACGAUGACGAUGAUGAUGAUGACGAUGAGGAGGAAGAGGAUGGAGAGAAAAAUGGACAAAAUAAGGAAGAGGAUGAGGUUGGGAACUUGCAAUUGGCCUGGGAAAUGCUGGAGGUGGCCAAAGUCAUCUACAAGAGAAAAGAAGGCAAAGAUGAACAACUAAUGGCAGCCCAGACAUAUCUUAAACUCGGAGAAGUCAGUGCUGAGUCGGGUAACUACCCCCAGGCACUAGAAGACUUCCAGGAGUGUCUUGCCCUGCAGCUGAAGCACUUGCCUCCCCACAGCCGUCUGCUGGCUGAAACCCACUACCACGUUGCCACCACACUGUGCUACAUGGAUCAGUACAGCCAGGCCAUCCAGCACUACAACAGCUCCAUAAAGGUCAUCGAAUCCCGUCUGGCCAUGUUGCAGGAGAUGAUCGCUGCAGCAGAGGGAGCAGAUGGGGCUGCAGAAGAGAAGAAGGAGCUGGAUGAGUUGACACAGCUUCUGCCUGACAUCAAAGAAAAGGUGGAGGAUGCCAAGGAGAGCCAGAGAACAGCUGGUUCUACCUCCCAGGCCAUUCAGCAGACAUUGGGCGGGGCCUCAACCUCCUCAGCAUUCCUGUGUGAAAAUGGUGGCGCUUCAUCCUCUUCAUCAGCAUUUGCAACAGCAAGUCAAAUUCCAGUUAAAUCAUCAGCCAAAGGGUCGUCAUCCAAAGCAGUCUCCGAUAUCUCCCACCUCGUAAGGAAAAAGAGGAAACCAGAGGAGGAGAGCCCAGUAAAGGACACUGAUGCUAAACAGGCCAAACAGGAAGCCUCAGUUAAUGGCAGCGAUGACUCCAGUGCCAGCAACGGCAAUGGAGUCAAGGAGGGAAAAACACAGGAGGCUGCCAGCCAGUCGGCUUCUGUACAGUCCUCAGCGUGAAGGACCACGAGGGCCUUCUGAUCUUCAAAACCAGCACAGCAUGCCUUUCCAACCCCUGCUCCACCUUCAGCAAACUUGUUUUUGUAAAUAAGAUCCGUUUUCCUAAGAUUUUGUCUGUCCAGUUUUGUAUACUUGUAGUAAAAAACAAAUAAAGGAUUUGCAAAUGUAAAA